AUGAGCAAUCAGGCGAAAAAAUCUACCGAUCUCCCCAACGCACCGACAUCCCGAAGUGCGAUGAGUUCUCGUGAAGGAAGUUUGCAUACCGCGAUUUUUUCGCCUCCGCAGAGCCCCUCCGAGGAUAAGCUACUGCACACCUCAAUGGCCUCUCCGCAGGCGAGCGGGAAUCACGCGGAGAACAGACGGGGUGAGACCCCGUCUCUUUCCCCUUCACGCGGUGAAAAGCGCUUUUCGCGUUCGAUUUCACCUCCACACGCCCGCAGCGCGCACGUUUCCCCUCCUCGAAGGCCCUCCGCGCCGAAAAAUCGAAACCUCAACGCCCCGCCUCCCGAGGACGACAAAGGAGUUGAGUUCACUAUGGAGUUAUACCGUGAACUACACCAACGAAACUUCCACAGCGUUCGCGAGGAGCUAAACUUUUUGCGAUCUCAUUUUGUCUCCUCGCGCAAAACGCUCGCGGUGCUGAACGAGGAAACGCGGCGGCUUCGUCAGGUUUUACGGGAGCGCAUGGGGGAUAUUCGCGAUUUGAAGGAAAAAUUAGCGUGGUUUGAACGCCGCUAUGGCAACUAUCAGGAUCUGAUUCUUCAGGAAAAUACCACACGAGGGGCGAAGGAGAUCUUCCUUUCCGAAAGCCUCGAGAAGGAAAAUGGGAAUGGCGAAAAACGCCGCCCAUAUCGGGGUGAAACCUCAUCCGAAGGGGUGAAGGCCUCGACGGAGCUCGCGCUUUACGCCGCGGCCGCCUCGGCGACCUCGAAAAUCCGCAAACGCCCCGCCGCCGCGACGACGAAAAACGAGCUGAACACGGUGGAGUUAAUCAACGAGCUCCGACGGAACCUCGCGCGGCGGGAUACCGCGCUGGAGCAGUGCAAACUCGAGCUCAACGCCGUCAAGGAGGAACGAAAUACCCUCGAGUCCACGUCGAAUCAACGCCAAAAGGCCUUGGUGGAGUCCGAAAAAGAAAAGCGCGAGCUCCGUACGGAGUUGGAGCGGAAAACGGAUGGAAACGCCGCGUUGGAGGAGCAGCUGCGAGCCUCCCGUGUGACCCUCGACGCCCAGGAAAGGGAGCUGGCGGAUCUUCGACGGAAAAUCGAUCUGGCGGAGAUUCUCAAAGGGUAUCCCGGGAUCCCUGCAGGCGAUCCCACCCCUUCCACCGCCCCACCCCGCGUGGAGACCGCGGGCCACCCGUCCGAGAUGGAUUACCUCUACGAACAGGUGCGAAGCUACCGUGCGAAGUGGCAAACCGCGGAGGAUCGCAUCGACGAGCUUCGCCGGCAACUUCACGCGCGGGAGGAAGCGGGAACGGCGGAGCACCGGAAAGCCACCCUCCCCCUUUCCGACGCGCAACAACGGCGAUACGAAACGGAAAUUCGCGAUCAACUCGAGACGAUUCACCGCCUGCAACGGAAACUCGAUCGCGAGCAGGAGCGCGCGGCCUUCGCGAGUAGCGAGGAGCGUCGACAGCGGCAGGAGGAGCAACGCGCGCACGCCGCGGAGGUUUCCACCCUUCGUAGCGAACUCCUCGCGGCGAAAACCCACCUCGACGGGUUAACCAGCCAACGGGAAACCCUCCUUCAGCAGUUUCGCGGAUUUACCACGAGCGAACAGAUGGAAACGGCGCUUCGAGGGCAAAAUGAGGCGCUUCGGCAGCGGCAGCAGGAGCUCACCGCGGAGCUCGCGGAGUCCACCGCGCGGGGGCGUCAAUUGGAGGCGGAUUUGCAACUUCAAAUCGCGGAACGCGCGCAGCUGCAACGCGAAAACGAAGGGCUCUUCGCGGAGCUUCAACAGCUCCGCGAGCGCGAGGCGAUGUUGCAGGAGGAGCUCCAUCGGCUUCGCACGGAGGUUGGGGUGCGGGAGGGUCGCGUGUUCGCGCUGGAGCGGAUGGUUUCCCAGCCAUGGCAUGCCGCUCGCGCGCGUUUUUUGCCGCGUGAAGGGGGAACCCACCCGGAUGAGGUGGAAUCCGCCGGGGAGGCCGAGGACGGUAGCGACGACGCGCUCGAGAUGCCUUCCUCUCGCCCGAGAAGUGGUCAACCCGCGGAUUCCGAGGACGGGCAUCCGUAUAAUCGCGUCGUCGUGAAACCGCCGGGUUCGCCGAUUUUGUUCGAGGCGGCCUCCUCGGCGCCCUACGCGACGUUGCUGAAUUUGAAUUCCGCGUUGCAACGACGUUUGCUUGAUAUGGAGCAGGAGUUGACGACGGCGUUUGCGGCGUUGCAAUCCCCUGCCUGGUCGCGCCCCGUCGGGGAAACGGAUGCACCAAAAUUAUUAAACUCCGAAAUGGAAUCGAUUGGCCUCGACCCCACGCGAGGGCUUCCAGAUCGACCUGUGUUGUCCAAUUCCAAUUUGGUUUCGACCUCCGACCAUGUCACCCCCGAUUUGGAUUUCUCAACGCAACCGGUGAAGUAUCUGGUUCAAAACCUUCUCAAGGAGCUCGGCCAGCUUCAGGCUGAUCUCAAACACGCCCGUCAGGUGCAUAAACAGUUGUCAAAGAAAUGGAAAGCCUUGAAGAAAGAGUACAAGGCGGUUCUUGAAGAUAACGUCAUCCUCGCCAACGGGGCGGAGGCCAUCUGUAAGGAGUUGUUUGAGUUAAAGAAACGGGAGGGAAAGAGCGAAAGAUCCAGACGCACCCCCUCCCCAAGGGCCGACUUGCGAGAACUAAAUAAAUUGCAUCAUCGCGAAAAAAAGGAACUACAUUCACAGCCAUCGUCAGGGCUAUUGAAGAAGUAA